UGUUUUAUUUGCCUUUCCUAAACAGAGAAACGUUUGUGGACUGCAGUGGUCCUUGCAGUCGUUUCUGGUGCUGUGCAUGCCAUUUGUACAGUAUUCCAUCUUCAGAGGGCUCAACAAGCCUUCAGUGCAGAUCGUGACUCACCAGGAUAAUCAUCUUUUGUCUCUAGGCAUGUGUGUGCAUGUGUUUGCCGAGGAAGGGAGGCUGAGGGGCUACAAGAGCUUCUGGACGCUGCAGAUAGUAGGGAGGGAAUGUGUGCAUUCCUCUCUCAGCCUCACCUUGCUGCCUCGGACUGUAGGUGGAGCAGUGCACUGCUCUUCCUGGCGCUGAUGGGGAUUCUGAGCUUCUCCAUUAGCAUUUCAACACAAAGCGGCUGUUUGCAAUUUUGUGGUGUUACAGAGAAGGGUUUGGCUCUAUAUUGGGUAACCUAGGGUCCUUUUUGUAUCUUCUCCUACUCUUAUUUUAGAUCUAAGCGGCACAUUUGAGCUAUUUCAGGGAUCUUGAAGGAAGGCAGAAUGAGCCUGUGGAAGGACACUGGUCUGGGAACCAGCCAAGCUGACUUACAUUCCCAGCUCUGCUGUUCUCUGGUGUGUAACACGAGGGGCUUGUUGCUUAACCACUCCACACAUGUUGAAUUCUAACUUCAACAGAGCUGAUCGUGCUCAGCCUGCUUUGCGAGCCUCUUCUACAUCACAGUCCAGGAAGCGCCAAAUGUUGUUGUCGGGUUGUUUGGCGAACAGCAAACACAGAAGGGAAAGAAAGGGUGGUUUCACUGUGUGUGCUGUCCCGCUGCUCUCCUUCACCGAGAUCUCUUCCUGAUCCUCUCGUCUGAGUCCUUUUGAUCGCAGCAGCUAACACUUGCUGUGCAUCUCUCUCCAGCAGUCUGGGCUGGCAAGGAAAGGAGACACUGAAGUGCUAGCUUGCAUUGUGUGGGCACCUGCCCUCAAUUGUGCUGCUCAUAGAGCACUCAGGUUUGCACUAAUAAUGCUCAGCAGGUUCCUCGCUGCUUGUCAAGUGCCUUCUCUAAUACAAAUGGUUUGGGCAUGUCUGUGCAGAGGACUUCCGGAGCCUGAUGCUCAUUGAGAAAUCCAGGCUGCAACAUAAACCUUUUGUUUUAUUUCCAACCUGCCUACUGCCAUCGCCUGCAUUUUCCCUUUUUGUAGUGCUGAUGCAGCCUUCCUCUGAGCUGCUGUGCUGACAGCAAAACAGCUUCCUUUGAAGAACGUGCCUUUCCCCCUUGUUUUGUUGAAUAUAAAAGCUGACAAAUGGCUCUGCUGUGGUGGCUUCUUGUUCUGGCACACAGAUUCCAGCUUGAUCCGCAGCCACAGCCUGGUUUGUUCUGCACCAGAAUAAUGAAGGUGUGGGGCUGAGAAGGGGAUGUUUGGGAUUGUGUUGAAGGGCAGCAGACCUGCUGUGAAGCAGUGCUUUGGAGGAGUUUGCUGAUGAGUUUUAAGAAGAAAGCCUCAUUACUCUGGAGUGAGGGCAUUCAGAGUGGCUUCUGUGUUGCUGUUCCCCUGAAACUCCUUUUUAGCAAUCAGCUGUAAUAAAGAAUUCUUAACUAGAUGAGUGGUGAUUUGUACAUGUGGCUCCCAGUAACACUAAAUCCACCAUGCUUUGUAAUAAAGAGUGAAGGAUGCCGAGGAGGAAGAAGCCCACAGAGGGCCUGGACUCUCGAGGCCAGGAUGGGGAGGAAGAGGAGGAAGAUAAGAGGAACUCAGCCAACACCAAGAAGAAGCGCAGCUUUGUGGAUGCAUUCAUUGUUAUAUCUGACAGCGAUGGAGAGCAGGAGUCAAAGGAGGAGAGUGGAUUGCAAAAGAAGAGAACAAAACAGCAGCUGGAGAGAACGAAGUUUGCUGCUAAAAGAAAAAUUGCACAGAUGACUGAAGAGGAACAGUUUGCACUGGCCCUGAAAAUGAGUGAGCAAGAAGCCAGAAAAAUGAACUGUCAGGAAGAGGAAGAGGAGGAGCUCUUGAGGAAGGCCAUUGCUGAGAGCCUUAGUAGCUGUCAGUCCUCGGACUACUCUGAUGCAACCCCUCAGUUGUGUGCAGAAGGCCAAAGCCAGCCUGACAAGAAGGAAGGCUCUGAGAUCCUGGGAGGUCUGGUGCUUUGCCCUGACACCCCUCGCUCCGAGUGCAGCUCCCACUCACAGAGCACCAGAGCUGAUGGGAAUGGACAGAUGGAUGUCGCCCGGAGCCCCCUGGUAGUGUUGAAGAGGUUAAGCCAGGAAAUUGUUGAAAGCUCACUAGUAUCCAGCAUAAUCGUGUCUCCGGGGAAGGACCAGCCUGUGACAAGGUCAAGUGAAAAGCUUUCCUCACCAGCAAAAAGUGAUUCUAGUAACACAUUACCCAGCACUCUCAGAGAGGACCUCAUCUCUCUGAGUCCCACCUUUGGGAGGGUGACUUCAGGCUCCCGGCGACUGACACCUCAGAGACUGUUCAUGAGCUCCUCCAGCUCUUCUGGAACAACAGGCUACGAACCAAAAGAGCAGCCCCUGCCUUGCACUGGCCAUUCUGUGGGAGAAGCUAGUGCUGGGAGCUCAGCCACACUCUCGAAGAGUGGGACUGCAGAACAGUGUGGCAGCCCCAGGGGGAGCAGUGGGGGAACAGGUACCAAACACAGCUCACAGCCCAGGCAUGCCACCAAAGUCUGUGUUUCCAUAGAGCAAGCAGAGCAGAAUGAGGUGCCUGACAGUACCCCUGAGCUUUGUGUGAUGAAUGCAGUAGAGGAGAAGCAGAGGCAGGAGGAGGCUAGAGACACAGUGCACUACUACUGGGGCAUCCCCUUCUGCCCCAAAGGGGUGGACCCCAACCAGUACACCAAAGUCAUCUUGUGUCAGCUGGAGGUUUACCAGAAGAGCCUGAAGCAGGCUCAGAGGCAGCUACUGCAUAAGAAGGAGUUUGGUAACCCAGUUGUGCCUGGUCCUUCCUUGAGCAGAAAUGAGCUUGGGAAAGAAGAGCAGAUAAGCAGGGAGAAUGGGGUUGCUGAUGAUACAGAAGAUGGAGAUCCAGAUGGGCAGAAGGAGUCUGAGAGCAUGACCUGGCUUCUGCCUUCAAAGAGGAGGGAGGCAGAGAGUCCAGGGCACAGCAUGGAAGAAGAGACCUCCACUUCCGAUGAUGAACCAACCACCAGCUACUGCCAGGCUUCCCAGGCGCUCCCUGCAGACGAUGCACGUGAGGAAGGGGAGCCCAUGCAAGUCGCACAGAGCAUCUCUGUGUUGACUCCACUUGGCAGUAAAAGGAGCCCAGAUGCUGCCACAGAAAACUCUGCUGAAGAAGAGAUCUCUGUCUGCCCAGAGACCCAGACGAGUCCACAGGAAGCUCUUGAGGUGGAGGGAGAAGAGCUCUGCUCAGGCUCUGGAGAUGCACCUAUGCAGGCUGGUGGAGAUGAAGACACUGACAAGAGCAUGGCUGAGCACAGUCCUGCCACUGCUGACCGUGUGUUGUGCCCCAUGUGCGAUCAAGGCUUUCCCUCUGCAGAGAUCGAGCCACAUGCCAUGUACUGCAACGGUGUCGUGGGACAGGAGGCUGGCAAGGACAGCCCAGUGCUCACCCGGCAUCAGAGAGAGGCAAGAAGUAAAGCAGCCAGCAGUGAUGGCAGUCAGUCGUCCUUAGACAUUGACAAGUGUGAGAAGUGCUACCUCUGUAAGUCACUGGUGCCACUGCUGCAGUAUCAGAGGCAUGUGGACAGCUGCCUUCAGGCUGCUAGGCAAGCUCAGGGAACCAGGAGGCUGCGAAGAGCCAAGGACGUUGGAAGACAGGAGAGGGGACUCCUCAGGAUGCUGGAGCUCUCAGAGAGCAAGUCUGCAGGUGCUGAUGCGGGGACCCCCCUCUCUGGACUAGAAGACCAACAGUCUGCUCCUGCUCGCCCAGCCAGAGCCAGGGGGCCGGUGGGGAACAGCCCCAGCUCACUUCAGCACCUUCCCUUCACUAUCUCCCCUGUGAAAUCCAGCAUCUCCUCAGACGCCACAGACUGCAUGGUAGACUUGGAGCCGCACGCGGCUCUUCGCCUGGGCAGCCAGCAGCAGACCAAAGGCUGCCGCCGGAGGAAGCACAAGUUCUGAGGCCACCGUGGGCAGCAGGUCCCCUCCAUGGCACUGGGCCCCUGUUCUAGCGCAGCCUCGUCCUCCCACCCCCCCUUUUCUAUGUUUUGUACGACCUGUGCAGGGAGCGCUGGGUGGAGCAGUGACUGUGUGGUUUAUAGGUGCCUGUGCAGCUUUGCUCUCUGUUAAAGAAAUGGAAAUAUAUUUAUGUAUGUUUUUAUGAAACUGCAGCAACA